GACAACGACAUCCAUAUCCUUUUUAAAGCCCGAGUUAUCAGCAGCCCCUCCUUCUCUCGAAUUUUCCCUUCCGCUAAUUUUUUAUUCCUCCCUCGUAUUUCAAAUCGUCUCUUAAUUGCUACCUCUCACUUUUGGUUUUACCACAUUACCAAUCGGUGUUGUCCCUUCUCCUUCACUUCUCCCCCUCCCCUUUGUCUGCGCUACUCGUUGUCGGCCUCACCGCUUCGCACUACUACAGCGACCCCUUUCCGCCAUUGUGACUGUCACCGCACCGCAUCACCAUCUUUAUACCAACCUAAUCUCGGCACGUACACUUAAUACCCGCUUCGAAGAUUCCCCCGGUUGUGUGCGGGAAACCCCUUCAAUCGCCACCAUUCACUUUCCCACGCUUUUACCUCACCUCCUAUUACUGCAUCAAUAACAAUGAUUGAGCCCCCACUGCAGAAGAAUAAUGCCUCCUCGAGCCUGAACGAAGGCCAAUCCUCUCCCACCAUGUUGACUCCUGCAGUUUCAUCCUCAACUCCAUCAGCCACCGCAUCCCCGGUUCUCCUUCCUGUUCCUGGGCAAUCCACCUCGCUUUCCUCCCUGCCCGGGUCAGCAAUGGGUUCUGGCACCGCCACCCCUUCAAAUGCCCCGGAAAAGAAGACCAUAUCAUCACGGCUACAGCGAAUAUUCUCCCAAUCCAGCAGUAAGGCGAAGGAAGAGAGUAAGGGUACUCCUCGUGAGCGACAUGUUGGGGAUGGAAGCGCUUCGGACACUGACAGCAGUGCCCUCUCCGGACGGGAAAAGGACAGACCAACUGGCCCUGAUCGAAAAACGUCAUUGACAGAGAAGAGACCUACGGCCAAUGCGACAACAGAUAAUAAGAACGGCCUACCGGUGGCAUUACAGCGCUUUCAAAUGCUUCCUGACGGCGCUCACGAGCAUCACCUCCGUAGUGCAAAGAGACAAGAAAAACUCUCGGACAUGCUCAGAGAUCUUAUCGGGGGCAAGAAGAAGGACGAUCACGGGGAACACGAUCGGCUCAGUCUCAUGUCGAGUUGGGUAGACCAACUCAAAAUGGACAAGGAUAAGUUAGCAAGUGAUAGGAAGGGCGGUCCGAACUCCACAGCAACCCUUGUCGAGAAAUAUGGAAAGUGCCAGGAAGUCAUCGGACGUGGAGCUUUCGGAAUAGUUCGCAUAUCACAUAAACCGGAUCCCAAGAACGGUCACCCGGAACAGCUAUACGCCGUCAAAGAAUUCCGUCGCCGACCCCAGGAGUCGCCCAGAAAAUAUCACAAACGAUUGACCUCCGAGUUUUGCAUCUCAUCGUCAUUACGACACCAGAACGUCAUACACACUUUGGAUCUAUUGCAGGACGCGAAGGGAGAUUAUUGCGAGGUCAUGGAAUUUUGCGCUGGAGGGGAUCUCUACACCUUGGUUCUCACGGCUGGCAAACUCGACGUUGCGGAGGCGGACUGUUAUUUCAAACAGCUGAUGCGCGGUGUGGAGUACAUGCAUCAGAUGGGAGUUGCUCAUCGGGACCUUAAACCAGAAAAUCUCUUGCUCACCACAAACGGAGCGCUAAAGAUUACCGAUUUUGGUAAUGGUGAGUGCUUUCGGAUGGCGUGGGAAAAAGAGGCCCACAUGACUUGUGGUUUGUGCGGCUCUGCACCCUACAUCGCCCCCGAAGAAUAUACAGACAAAGAAUUCGAUCCUCGCGCAGUUGAUGUUUGGGCCACAGGUGUUAUUUACAUGGCCAUGCGCACCGGAAGGCACCUCUGGCGAGUUGCAAAGAAGGAUGAGGAUGAAUUCUUCGAAAAAUACCUAGAAGGGAGAAAAGAUGAGGGCGGUUAUGCACCUAUAGAAAACCUGCACAGGGUGAGCCGAGAAGGGUUACAUAUUUGAUUCCCCACUCUCCUUCUUCGGCAACCAGAUACUGACUCAUGUCUCCCUCUCCUACAACUUAGGCGAGAUGUCGCAACGUGAUCUACUCAAUCCUAGAUCCUAAUCCAACAAGAAGGAUCACGGCGUCUCAGGUGCUAAAGUCAGAGUGGGGCAGGGAGAUUACAGUGUGUAAAGUGGGUGAGGAAGGUGCGUUGCGUCAACAAAUAGCCCUUGAAGUGACGCUCCAAUGAGUCUAAGUUAUUCUCUUUGUCCACUCCUAGGGCUUUAAUGACGGCGAUAACGGUGCUCAUGGCUCGAUUCACUCAAUCAACCGAAUAUUGUUUCGAAACAAAGCAAAAAAAAAAACAUGGCGAAAAGCCCCCCUUUAAUUCAAAUUCUUCAAUGCGACAUUGCUGCCUAAAUCCAUUACAUUCUUCGACUGUAUCAUUUAUUGUCUUGGCCAUAGCUUGGGGGGUCUUUUUGUAACCGCCGCUUUUGUGUCAACCUUUCCUUCUCUUCUUUCUGUCAUUUGCAAAACAAUCUUCCCUUACGUGAUAAUUGCUUUCCGGGGGAGAAGACAAAAAAAAAACAAGACCGGGGGGGGCAAAAUCGCCCUAGUUUCAUGCCCUCCCUUUCUCUCGGACUGAUGUUGAUUUGGUUCCUUUCCCCUUCUAAUUUUCUUCCUACCUCUUCCCCCAACUCUUUCCACUCACACUUACGUUCUUCCCUCCUAUCCCCCUGACCCUGAUAUAAAGCAAUUCGGUGUCAGAUGAAAAAACAACAAUGCAUUUAUACAACUUGUGUAGGAGCUUUUUAUUAUUAUCACUAUCGUUUCCCUUUCUUUCUCUCUCUUCUCUCGUUUUAUUUAGUACUAAGAAACGGCGUUCUGAAAGGGAGGUGGUUCAGCAAGUAUUGGAAUGUUUUUUUGUUCUCUUUCCUUUCCUUUCCUUUCCUCUCCUCUCAUUUCUGCGUAGCUUCCCUCUUAACCCCUAGCUUUUU